AUGGCCGGAGGCGGCGGUGCCGGCGCCGAGCGGGCCCGGCCCGGGGGGCUCCUGCCGCCUGCCUGCCGACAGCCCCGCCGCAAGGAGAACCGGGAGCGGCUGUCGGUGUGCAGCAAGCUGUGCUACGCCGUCGGGGGGGCCCCAUACCAGAUCACGGGCUGCGCGCUCGGCUUCUUCCUCCAGAUCUACCUCCUGGAUGUGGCACAGCUGGAUCCAUUCUAUGCCUCCAUCAUCCUGUUUGUGGGGCGAGCCUGGGAUGCCAUCACAGACCCCAUGGUGGGCUUCUUCAUCAGCAAAACAUCCUGGACCCGUGUUGGCCGCCUGAUGCCCUGGAUCAUCUUCUCCACCCCGUUUGCUGUCACUGCUUACAUCCUCAUCUGGUUUGUGCCAGACAUCUCCAGAGGCCAAGUGAUGUGGUACCUCUUCUUCUACUGCAUCUUCCAAACCCUCGUGACGUGCUUCCAUGUGCCCUACUCGGCGCUGACCAUGUUCAUCAGCAGGGAGCAGAGCGAGAGGGACUCAGCCACUGCCUACCGUAUGACAGUGGAAGUGCUGGGCUCUGUGCUGGGCACUGCCAUCCAGGGCCAGAUUGUGGGCAAGGUGGAUACCCCCUGUGUGGAGAGCCCUCUCUUCAUCAGCAAGCCCAACUCCUCGGUGGCCAUGGAGGAGCUGAACAUGACCCGUGACACCGGGUCCCUCACAGACACGAGGAAUGCCUACAUGAUCGCUGCGGGGGUCAUCGGGGGGCUCUACAUCCUGUGCGCCAUCAUCCUGUCGCUGGGCGUGCGGGAGAAGAGAGAGUCCUCACAGCUGCAGUCGGAUGAGCCUGGCUCCUUCUUCCAGGGGCUGAAGCUGGUGAUGAACCACGGUGCCUACAUCAAGCUCAUUGCUGGCUUCCUCUUCACCUCUCUGGCCUUCAUGCUGCUGGAAGGUAACUUUGCCCUCUUCUGCACCUACACACUGGGCUUCAGAAACGAGUUCCAUAACAUCCUUCUGGCCAUCAUGCUCUCAGCCACCUUGACCAUUCCCCUCUGGCAGUGGUUCCUCACUCGCUUUGGGAAGAAGACUGCUGUCUACGUGGGCAUCUCAUCUGCCAUCCCCUUCCUCAUCCUGGUGGCUGUCCUGGACAGUAACCUCAUUGUCACCUACAUCGUGGCCGUUGCAGCUGGGAUCAGUGUCGCAGCUGCCUUCCUCCUGCCCUGGUCCAUGCUCCCAGAUGUCAUAGAUGACUUCAAGCUGCAGCACCCUGACUCCCAUGGCCAUGAAGCCAUCUUCUUCUCCUUCUAUGUCUUCUUCACCAAGUUUGCCUCUGGGGUCUCCCUGGGCAUCUCCACACUCAGCUUAGACUUUGCAGGGUACCAGACCCGGGGCUGCUCCCAGCCCAGCGAGGUGAACAUCACCCUGAAGAUGCUGGUGUCAGCUGUGCCUGUGGGGCUGAUCCUGCUGGGCCUGCUGCUCUUCAAGCUCUACCCCAUCGAUGAGGAGAAGCGGAGGAAGAACAAGAAAGCCCUGCAGGAGCUCAGGGAGGAGAGCAACAGCAGCUCUGAGUCGGACAACACAGAGCUGGCCAGCAUCGUGUGA